AUGGAGGUCUCCCUCCUUGGCCUGAGGCCGUGGAAGCUUUUCUUCGAUGGGUCGAAGACCAAGCAGGGGGUCGGGGCAGGAGUUGUCUUGCGGUCACCAGAAGGAACAGAGACUCAAGUAGCCUUUCGGCUUGACUUCCCUUGUUCAAACAACCAGGCCGAAUACGAGGCUCUCAUACUAGGGUUGGGCCUGCUUCUGGGCCUUAAGGCUGACACCAUAGAGAUCAUUGGAGACUCGCAGCUGGUGAUCAAACAGUUGGCUGGGGAGUAUCGGUGUGAGAGCGAACACUUGGUGGACUACUUUACGCAGGCCAAGAAGCUGAUCGAAGGAUUCCAGGACAUAGUGGUUCGCCACGUCCCAAGAUCGAGGAAUCAGGUCGCAAAAUGGGUUAGCUCAAGUAGCGUAUGGCAUCGGUCUGCCAGAGGGCAGUACAGAGAAAACUAUCAUCAUCAAAAGGUAGGCACGGUCCACAUUCUGUGA